CAAACAGAGAGAAUCAGAGACAUACAGACGGUGACGGCUGUUCUUCAGUAAUCAGAUGAGAUGUGGUUGUGUGUUUGUCUGCUCGGCUGUGGACUUCAGCUCACUACAGGCUGCACAGGAACUUCAUCACCCAUCAGUUGUUCUCCAGGAGAAUCUGUACUGCUGUCCUGUAAAGAGAAAACCUCACGGGAUGAAAAAAUUGACUGGCAUUACUCUAAACCUGCCUUAAAACCUGAAUCCCCAUUGAAAGACAUUAAACGUAAUACAGACAGAGUUCAGAUUUAUGAGAAUCACUCAUUAUCCAUCUCUGAACUCACUGCAGAGGAUGCUGGGAAGUAUUGGUGUAACACACAUAACUACAUUGAUCUCAUUAUUAUGGGCUGUUUAGUGUCAGAGAACAGAAUUUCAGAGAAGAUCAGCAGAUAUUCAGGAGAGACGGUGCUGUUGAAUUGUUCUGUUAAAUGCAGCGGUGCUCAAUAUUCAGCUGAUCAGUCAAGAUGGAAACUACCAAAACAAAGAGAAAUAAAACCGAAUGUUAAUUCUACAGAUCUGAAUCAGCUCUAUCAGGGCAGAGCUCAGAUGUAUGAUUUCAGAUCAGGAAAUGUUUCUCUGUUGAUUGUUAAUGUGACUGAGGAGGAUGAAGGAUCAUAUUCCUGCUGGAUUAAUGAGAAUCAACACAAGAACUUCAGCCUCACCAUUAAAGGAUGCACACUGUCGGAGACUGAGGUCGAACCCAAAACAAAGUACCCCGGAGAAUCUGUGCUACUGCCCUGCUCAUGCACAGACCCAAAGACCAAACCUAAGACCUUCACAUGGAUCCAUGUAGACUCGAAUGAGACUGAGGUGUCCAAGGAAACAUUACAUUACAAAGGCAGAAUCCACACAUUUCAAGAGGCAAUUCCUUCAAAUCUCUCUCUGUUGAUUUCUAAUCUUACUGAAGAAGACCAGGGGAUGUACAGAUGUACAGUCAAUGGGAAAGAAUCCAUCAACGUAAAUCUCACUGUUACAGGCUCUGUAGAUUUCAGCAAGAAACCUCUGAUUGUGAUUCUGAUCUGUCUGGUGGUUUUGUUCAUACUGGGAGUGUCUGCAUGCAUCUACUGGAGAUAUAAUAGAGCAAACAGAGAAAGAAGCAGAGAAAGCCAAGUAAUCCAGAGAACAGAUGAGGAUGACGUGACAUGUUCCACAGUCGUGCAGAUUAAAGGUAGAAAACCAGAAGAAAGGCAACAAGAGGAUGAUGUCACUUACUCAUCUGUAGUUUACAUCAAUUCACACAGAGCAAGAAUACAUAUUAACUCUGAAGAUGUCAGCAUGUACACCAGUGUGAGAACAGAUAAACAGUAACACGCCUCUAUAGAUAAUGAUAUUUCCUCACUUUCACACAAACUGAUGAUUAACUCUUUACUCACAUUUUUAUAAUAAACUUCUAUUUGCUACGAUUAUUAUACAAUUUAGAUUAAUUCAGUUAAUUUUAUGAUAUUAUCUCAUUUAAAAAACACAUUCCUUUUUUAUCUUUUGGAAUUAUUUAAAAUAGACUAUUCCACAUGCAAGGAUACAUACAAUGGCGAGAAAAAGUAUGUGAACCCUUUGAAUUCAUUAAGUGUGAUCACAUCUUCAUCAAAGUCACAACUAUAGACAAACACAAUGUGUUUGUUUAAUGUUUUCCAUAGAGUAGACUCAUGAACAGAGAUGUUAACCAGUUCCAAUGACUCCUUCAAGUCUUUAUCUGUCACUCGAGUGUUCUUUAUGACCUCAUUGAGCAUUCUGCAGUGUGCCCUUUGAUUCAUCUUGACUGGACGGCCACUUCUAGUGAGAGUACCUAUAGUACUAAAUCACCUCCAUUUAUAGACAGUUUGUCUAACUGCGGACAGAUGAAUAUCUAACGGCCACUUCUAGUGAGAGUACCUAUAGUACUAAAUCAUCUCCAUUUAUAGACAGUUUGUCUCACUGUGAACAGAUGAAUAUCUAACGGCCACUUCUAGUGAGAGUACCUAUAGUACUAAAUCAUCUCCAUUUAUAGACAGUUUGUCUCACUGUGAACAGAUGAAUAUCUAACGGCCACUUCUAGUGAGAGUACCUAUAGUACUAAAUCAUCUCCAUUUAUAGACAGUUUGUCUAACUGUGGACAG